AGCAAAUAAUCUUAUUCAGUCAUGCACAAGUCAUGCACGUACGUCACGCAACUCGCAAGUUGAAGUGUUGUGCAAGUGUAAAGUUUUGUUUUCUACAAAUAGGUUAAAUGUUUUUAAAAUGUCCUGUAAAACUCUUAUAGAUUUCGUGGUUAAAUACCACAAACCACGAUUGCUAAACAAUGUGGUUUACUUUCCAAGCAAUGGGAAUUCGUUCUUCGGCAGGAGAUUUCUGGUCCCCGUGAAUCCAGUGUCAUGUUCCACUCCCAAGAUCCAGUCUCCGAGACACUUCAGCACAACCCUGUCAAAGUUUAACGGCGUCCAACUAACGAGCGAACAAAAGAAAACUGAAGGAAAGUUUCAACUUAUGUUUACAUGCAAAAAAUGUGAUACCCGCAAUUCCAAAUAUAUCACAAAGUUGGCAUAUUACAAAGGUGUCGUUAUUGUUAUAUGCGACGGCUGCGAAAACAAACACUUGAUUGCUGACAACCUUAACUGGUUCUCUGAUAUGAACGGAAAGAAGAACAUUGAAGAUAUAAUGGCUGAAAAGGGAGAAACUGUUCAGAAAAUCAUGUCUGAUGAUUUAGAAUUCAUUGCUGAAGAAAUUAUUGUAAAUGUUGAAAACAAAGUGUUAGAUGGCUAGACGUUUAACUUAAAUAUUAGGUUAUAAUUUGUAAAUUCUAUUUAUUUAUUAGAAUAAUAUAAUUUUCAAGUAAA